GGAUCGCAUCAGUCCGUCUUGAUUUCCGUACUACAGGGCUCCAAGUGCGUGCCUCCAGACAGGUCUCUCGACCGUCCUGACACCCAUCCCGAGCCGUAGGGGUACGGAACCUGGUCUCCAAAUGAAACCAUGGACGUCCAUGGCCAUGCAAAGCAGUGCAGGUGCAGCGCCUCCAAAUUGAAAGACCCCUAAGAUCUUCCGGGCUUUAUGAAGCUUGCGCCUACCAGGAGACCCGUGAGGCGGGGUGCCAAUGGGCUACCGGGGUGUCAACCACCCCUUAGGAUCCAAACAACACCCCUUCAAGGUCUCCUGGUAUAGGUGCCAUGGAUUGGAUCCACCACACCGUCCUCCGUCACCACUUCUUGCGACCUGCAGGUCUCUCAAUGCCGCCCAGCAUCGCGACCACCCGGAGUCACCCCACCGAGCUGCCGCUGCCGCGGGACUCCCGCCCCAGACGAGCAGGUCAAGAAUCAGCAAGGAGACCAUGCUGCAAGCAGGCCCCAAGCACACUGACGUGUCCGUUGGUCAAGAUGCUGACAGCGAGCAAGCUUCCAGGCGCAGUCGAGAUGAAGUUGAAGAAGUCAAAUCCAGGCUCAGCACAGGGUCUAGAGGUGGGGCUGGUGCCAUGGCAGACAGCGAGCAAGCUGCUUCCAGGCAACAGUCGCUGAGGCGCAGUCGAGAUGAAGUUGAGCAAGUCCAGUCCAGAGUCAGCACCGGGUCAACAGCUUCUACUACAGACCGGCUCACUUCUGCUACAGCCCCGUCAGGGGGUCCAGCUGGUGCUGAGGAAGCCGCUUCAGCCGCUUCGCGGCCGUUGAGGCGCAGCCGAGAUGAAGCUGAGCAAGUCGAGCCCCGACUCAGCACCGGGCGCAGCCGAGAAGAAGUUCAAGUCGAGUCUCUAAACACUGCGGGCGCGAUGACUGAGAUCUUGCCUGGACAUACGAGGUCCAAGGCCAAAGAAGAUGCUCGAGAACGACGAAGCAGUGCUGUGUCCGAGAUCCCUCCGGAGGAUUUGGAGCUCUUCGACUCGAGGCGCGAGCCGGAGCGGAGGUCGGACCGCCCCGCUCCAAGGGUGGAACCUGGUGGAUCAGGGCCCAUGCCUUCUCCGGAGGUCAUGGCCAAGGCGGCGAACGCUCGGAGCUUGCUCUUCGUCAGCCCUGAAGGCUCGGUUUCCUCCACGCUGGGGGUCUCCAAAACACGGAAGGUGAAGAGCUUGUCAAUGGAGGAGCUGGCACGACGAGAUUCGUCACCACCCAGCUUCCUGUGCGGCCGGUCCUUUGGCCGGAGUGAAGAGGUGCUCUUGCCGCUGAGGCCCAAGGACAGACACACGCCGCAGAACUCGCCGAGGCACUCGCCCUCACCCACCUCGGACCGCGCGCUCCAGGCGCUCAUGCGCGGAGAAGAGCCACAGCUGUUGUGGGCCGCCUCGCCGGAUCUGAAGCCGAAGCGCAGCUCGCAGUUCUCCUUCGGCGGGGGGCAUGAUGAGGACCAAGACAGGUCCACGACCUCCAAGUCGCCGGGCAAAAGCGGUACCGACAGGUCUUCUCGGCCACGAGCCUUGACAGCAAGCAACAGCCGUUCGCCCAGCUCCAGAAGCCCACGGAGCGCCGUGAGCCCACGGUCCAUGGGAAGAUCUGCAUCUCCAUACUCCAACCGAGCGAUCUAUGUGGCCGACACACCCUGGUCUCAUCCACCGCAGUCGGUGCCAACGAAGGCUUGGAGAUGACUUGGUCGGAAGGCGCGCCCAACCCGUGCCGCGUCACUGGCGCCACCGAGUUCGUGCCGCGUCACGUGGCCACGUCGGAGUUCGUUUCACCCGGUGUUCAUGGCGUAGACGGGUCAAAACCGAAGGGGGGCACCUCCAUCGAGCCAGGCUGGUGGGGGCACCUCAUUUGUGGUGGA